AUGAUUAUACGAUCAGCAAUGCUCGUAUCGAAGUCACGAAAUCAACCAAGUCGUGAAUGUCUUUACGCUUGGUAUCCGGAAGUAUCAACUGACAUAGAAAGCGUAGUAUCAUUAGAACCACGCGAUAUUUAUAUACAUAAUGGCAUCGAUACAAAUCUACUACAACAAAAAUCAUCGAAACACGCAUUAACAAAUACUUGUGACGACAACAACAAAACGGGUGUUGAGUUUGUUCGACGAUCGCAAAGUGUAGCGUCAAGCAAUCGGCCCUAUCAUUCAAUAGAAACAAUCAAUGAAGCACUAAGUCCACCGUGGGCUUUACAUUACGAAACAAAACAUCGACCGGCUACAUCAAAUUUCUCAUCCAAUUCAAGUGGAAUGUCAAUACACCAAGAAACAUCUCGCCGAUUGAAGAGUGCUCCAGUCAGUCGUUCACUUCCUACUGCUCCUGUUCUUACUAUUCCAGAGCCGCGUUUUAUCAAUGUUGUUAUUCCAGUUGCAGCAACUAAUGAAAUUCUGCCAUCAUCCCCAUCUUCAUCAAGCAAAAAUCCUGCUUCAUCUGCCAAAGCGCGUCUUAAUACAAGUAUGCCAAGCGACAAUAAACAACAGCGUCGAGAAAUUAAAUCAGCUCAUGCGUCACGUUCAAAAGUUAAUGCGAACUUAUCGGAUGAAGAACUUCAUCAGAUUUUAAAGCGAGUUUAUGGUGACCAAACUGAGCAAACAUCCGUACAACAAGAACAACCAAUACAAAUUGUCUAUACACAAGCUAAACCUUCAUCUGCUUCGACUUCACCAGUUUAUGUCUAUCAAAAAUCUGCAAGUUGGUGUGGCGGUGGUGAUGAAGCUUCAGUAACUUCAGCUCGUAAAUCUCUUGAUGUCAAUGCUGUUCUACUCAAUCCACAUCAUGUUCAUCGUCCGGCUUUAAUUGCCGUUAAAAAUGUUGAAAAAAAACCUGUUGUACGAGCAAAUUCAGCAUUAAUAAAACCACCUAAACAUCAUCAUUGUCAUCGACGAUAUCAUCAUAGCCAUGGAAGACCAAAUGGACCGUUAAUUGCGGUAACAUCAACACCACAAAAACCAAAAUUAUCUCUAGAAAUCGAUGGUGUGAUCUUAAAAUAUGAUCCUAAAUUAAAUCUUGAAGAUAAAUCGGCCAAUCUUAGCAAAUAUUUUAUUGAUGGACGAUUAUAUUUAAUUAAAGAUCAACGCUAUAAUGUUCUAGAUAACAUCGAUUCAGCCAAACUAGAAAAAUAUAAUCAAACUUUAGCUUCAUCGUCGCAUAUUAAACACUAUCAAGCGAUUCCCAUGGAUAAAUUUCAAAUUCCACAGCCUGCAACAGACUUACCUCAUAAUCCAUCAUCGAAACAGGCGCAUCGUUGCUUUAUUAAUCCAAAUUUGAUUUCAGAAAAUCUUAAUGUAAAUAGAAUGUCAUUAUCAAAACGACCACCAACGGCAACUGUUUAUGCUUGA